CGGCUGAAUAUCAAGAAGAUGGAAAAUAAAACUAAAGCAAGUCCGGUGGAAAGUGGAAAGACUGCUGAUACUUUGGAAAGGAAAGCUUCAGAUACGAUUAUUCGGGAUGGAUUUCAAGAAAAUAUGAAAAAUGGCCACAAAAUACAGGACUCAGUGCAGGAGCAAAAACAAUCAGAACCAAGGAUGACCAAGAAGUUCCUCAAAGAUAUCUGCAGGAAGAACAAGCUGUACUCCACGCCUUACCUGAAUGAUACUCUGUAUCUACAUUUCAAGGGUUUUUCCACCAUUGAGAACUUGGAGGAGUACACAGGACUCAAGUGUCUCUGGCUGGAAAGCAAUGGGCUUCUGAGGAUUGAGAACCUGAAUGCUCAAACUGACCUGCGCUGCUUGUUCCUUCAGCAGAACCUCCUUCACAAGCUGGAAAACCUGGAACCUCUGAGGAAACUCUGCACCCUUAACGUCUCCAACAACUACAUCCACAUUAUAGAAAACAUCUCCUGCCUUCCUCACCUCAGCACCCUGCAGAUAUCCCAUAACAAACUGGAGAGUGUAAAGGACAUAGAGCAUCUGAGUCAGUGUUUGGCCAUCAGUGUGCUGGACUUGUCUCACAAUCUUCUACAUGAUCCGGAGAUCCUCUCUGUGCUCGAGACAAUGCCAGAACUGCGAGUGCUGAAUCUGAUGGGAAACAAGGUGGUGAAGAAAAUCCCAAACUACAGGAAGACCAUGAUUGUACGUCUUAAGCAGCUGACCUUCCUCGAUGACCGCCCCGUCUUCCCCAAAGAUAGGGCGUGUGCAGAGGCAUGGGCCAAGGGAGGAUUGGAUGGGGAGCGAAAGGAGAGGGAGGAAUGGGAGACAAGGGAGAGAAGGAAGAUCCAGGACAGCUUGGAUGAAAUGGAGAGGAUUCGGGAACAGGCCCGGGAGAGAAAACAUCUGAGAGACCUAGAAGAGGGAGGGAUAAAUGAAACAACCACCGUCUUGGUGAUGUCUAGCGAGGAUAACCACAUUGGGGAACCGUCUUCCUCUAAAGGAGAGGCUGAAGUCUUUCUGGAGAACAGCCUGAAUGCUCAAGAAACACAGCAGGUUAACACAUAUGAGGGAAAGAGUGGAGAUAUAAAUGUAGCAAAUCUGGACAAAGACCAGUUUGAUGGAGAGAAGGAUGAUCAAUGCCAAAUCAAACAGGACACAGAGGAGAAAGCAUGGAAGGACUCUGUAGAAGAUGUACAGAUACAUCAGAUAAAAGUGGAAGAAAACCAUAAAGAAUUGAAUAAGGAAGAAAAGGAUUGGCCUGAAAACGAACAGCCUCCUCUGGUGAGACCUUUUUCUCCAGAGGCAGAUCAGCUUGUAUUGUCACAUGGUCCCGGUCCAUUAGUUACAGAGCUAGAGGAUGAAGAGCAGCUGGAAACUAUUCACCUUCCCUUAACCAGAUCACUUCGCAUCGACGAGCUGCCCGACUUGGAAGAUAUGCCUACAGGUGACCUCUUUACAACCUCCCACCAGCAGGUCUUUAAACCAAAAAUAGAAAUCAUAUCAGGAGACACUGAUGAAGAGACAUCAACUGAGGAUCCAAGCAGUGCCACGUCCAGCUCUGGUCACGAUGGAAAGUCAUUGUUUAUGUUAAGAGAAAGCAACAAAUCAACUGGGAUCUCUCGUGAUUCUGCAUCACUGGUUUAUCCAGAGGACCGGGAUGUUGUUACCCACCACCCAGAAUUCAAAUGCAAACAACAAUCCUCAGCGGAACGCUGCCUGAUCGAGGAAUUGGACUAAUACUUGUGGAUGUAAACAUGGUUUACUUAGACAGGACACAUCUUGGCUGCUUUUAUUUGGUCUCAAAACUUACAUCUAAAAGCCUAAAUUCAGCUUUUAGAAUUGGAUUACGAAUUAUAAUUUAAAGUCAGCUUGUUUGAUUGCAUGUUUUAACAUCAGGGUGGAUGUUCGGACACAGCCCUACUUUCCAGUUUUACAGUUUAUUUAUAAAC